AUGCGGUAUCUUGCUGCGUACAAUAAUGUAUCGCUGUACUGUUCUUGCAUAUAUACGUUGGAUCAUUUGGUCCGUGGCUCCUAUGAGAGCCGGAUUGACCCAGACGAGGCUACAGUUUUGGGUCUUCUUUCCAGUUGUCGUUUCUUUGACUUGUACCGUCCGCGGGAUGUACUCGCCGUAGAGGUAUCCGUGACAUACCGAGAGAGAGGUCAUUCAGUUAUAUGUUUGCUUAUUAUCUUCUCAUUUCAUGGCAUUUAUCUGGGCCGGCGUAUAGGUGGUCAGUGGCUGCCGUAUGCGUUGGUGGCAGUCUUCUAG